AUGGGUAUGACAAGCAACUUUUCUGAUGAAAAGUCACAAAAGUUGUACGACCAUUACACCAAAAAUUCACCUCAAAAACUUGAGAUUGAAAUGAGCAAACUUUAUGACAUCCCCCUGGAGUCGUGUCGACCUAAGGGCUGUGAAAAUGACCAAAAGGCAUCAAAUAGGAGGGUGUUUAUUAAGGGGAGAGUAAAGAAUCUGUGCAAAGUCUUUCAAGAAAAGAUGGAUAUGUUGGAGAAGACACUUCCUGAAAGUAAGAAAAAUGCCUUGAUCAACCAAAUCCACGGUACCGUUAUAAGGAUCCAAAAGAAGGUAGACUGUGAGGAUACCACUCCGAAAUCUAUUGUAAAAUCUACAAAAAUCGCAAAUUCUAGUGUUAAUAGCGACUAUAAAUCCCCUAAAUCAACAUCAAACAAAUCAGUUGCUUCACAAAGUUCGAAUUCAGUGACUCCAAAGGCAGACACUACGUUCAAGCCUGCUGUUAAUACCAAUGCCACGAAUACUAACAAAUACGGAAUUAAGAAGACAAGCAUUGUGAAUAAUGGGGAUUUCCUUUUCACAAACUCUGUCACUCCUAAGUCUGUGAAUAAGAUGGUUAAAAACUUUAAUGAUAAAACAACAAAAAACACAGGUUAUAAUCAUGUUAUAUCCUCCGAAUUCACCACGCCUAAAUCUAGUCACAUUCAUGGUUUAAAAUAUUGCAAAGAUAAUAUAACUGAUAUAGGUAAUAAGAUUGUGAAUGAACAUAAUGGAAUUAAACAGAGUGUUCCAACUCCUAAAAAGACCAUGAUGACGAUAAAUGGACCAGAAAUUGUAUUUUCUGGUUCUGUUACAAAUAAUAAAAUCACAAAUAUUACAAACGAUAACAUAGAAACAUCCAAUAAUAAUAAAGUACUAGAUAUAACACCAGUAUUAGAACCCGAAAAUACAACAAAUGAAGUUAAGCUAGAAUCAACUGUGCCAAUGCAGGCUAAAAAAGAAGUGAAUGAAAAACUUGGAAAUGCUAGCCUUGGUAAUUUAACAAGUAACAAUGUAGAACAAAUGAAAUCUACUAAAUUUUCAUCUCAACAAGAAAUCCAUGCAUUGCCGGAGGAAUCAAUACCUGAUCCCACAAUUGGCCCAUCAGAAAAUGUUGUGAAUAAUGAUAUAUCCAGCGUGAUAGAUAACAUCAUGAAUGACCAAACUAACUGUUUGGUAAGCACUCCGGGGUACAAUAGUAGAUACGAUAUUAGCCCCAUUUCUGAUGGUAAUAUAUUCGAGGAUUUACUGCGAGAACUUGAUGAAAUGAUCAUAAAUCAGGUAGAUGAGGAGGCUGAGUUUAAUUUAAGUGAUGAUGAAGACCAGUUUUCCAACAACACGAGCAUUAACCACCAAUUUGCCUGGUUCUUCAAGGCAGUAUCAAACCACGUAUUAUCUAAGCCAGAUAACGACGAUAUUGAUGAAGGUACUAAAGAACAAUUGGAUUGGUUCUUGGCUUAA